ACCCUCCCUUUUCGACCAUGAAGAAGGGCAAAGCUCAAAUGGAGGGAAAAUGAAAACCCUAAAAACUGAACAAGCGCCUCUGCAAAACCCUGAGAAAACCUUUCAGAAAAUGCCACCAAAAAUAAUGGAGAAAAUGUAGAAUCCGUUCAAACAACUUUAUUGGGUUUCUGGUAUCGAUUUUCAGAGAGGAGCCAUGGCCAGGCUUCUAAGAAACGCUUGGUACAAGUACUCUCUGUUCUCACACGAGGCUUCUGUGAGGGGAAUUGUGGGUGGUACAUUUCAACUUCGCAACUUUGCUGCAAAAGGGAAAAAGAAAUCUAAAUCUGAUGGUAGUGAUUCUAGUGAAGAUAAGUUGUCGGAUAAAGAAGUUGCUUUAAAAGCAGCAUUGGAUCAAAUAACAUCCUCAUUUGGAAACGAGGCAAUCAUGUGGCUUGGUCGUUGUACUGGUCCUAGAUAUGUACCUGUGGUGUCUACUGGAUCAUUUUCUCUGGACUUGGCAUUGGGAAUUGGUGGACUUCCAAAGGGCCGAGUUGUAGAAAUAUAUGGUCCAGAGGCAUCAGGAAAGACAACUCUUGCUCUUCAUGUAAUUGCUGAAGCACAAAAAUAUGGAGCCUAUUGUGUCUUUGUAGAUGCAGAACACGCUCUUGAUCCGGCUCUUGCAGAAUCUAUUGGCGUAAAAACUGAGAAUUUGUUGCUUUCACAGCCAGACUGUGGUGAGCAGGCUCUCAGUCUUGUGGAUACUCUCAUCAGAAGUGGUUCUGUUGAUGUUGUUGUAGUUGAUAGUGUUGCUGCUCUUGUCCCCAAAAGUGAACUAGAAGGCGAAAUGGGCGAUGCGCAUAUGGCAGUGCAGGCCAGAUUGAUGAGCCAGGCCCUUCGAAAGUUGAGCCAUUCCUUGUCUCGCUCCCAGACUAUAUUGAUAUUUAUAAAUCAGGUUCGUGCAAAGUUGAGCACAUUUGGCGGAUUUGGAGGACCUACUGAAGUUACUUCAGGGGGUAAUGCCUUGAAGUUCUAUGCAUCUGUCCGCCUAAAUAUUAAAAGAAUCGGCUUUAUUAAAAAGGGAGAAGAGAUUAUAGGAAGCCAAGUGCUUGUAAAAGUGGUGAAAAACAAGCACGCACCACCAUUCAAGACCGCAGAGUUUGAGCUCGAAUUUGGCAAAGGGAUCUCUCGAGAUGCCGAGAUAUUGGAUUUGGGUUGUAAGCAUCGCUUCAUCACCAAAGCAGGAAGCUUCUUCCGCCUAAAUGGCCAAACUUUUCAUGGAAAAGACGCCAUAAAAACUUAUCUUAGAGAAAACUUGGAUGUUAGCGAAGACCUCUGCACUAAGCUGAAAGAAAAAUUGUUGCAGCAUGAACAUGAUGAAGAGAGUGAGGAGCCCACUUCACAAGAGGGUGUGUCCCCUGCUGAAAGUUGGCCACAUGAUAUGGGCUGCAAACCCGAAGAAAGAGUAGCUUCCUCAGAUGGAACUGAGGAGGAAUCGAUCAGUGCAGCUGUAGAGGCCUGAAACUGAAAAUAUUGGUUAUCCAUGUUGUAAUUGCUCAAAAAUGGUAAGGUGAUGGAUUUUCCAAAGAGCUUAAAACUGACUUAACAAGUUUUCCGAGAAAAAGUAGAGAAAUUGUGGAGAUGGGGUUGAAAGAUUUACACUGCGGAAUGGGAGCCCUUUUGCUCGUAAGCAAGUUGAUAAUUAUGAGUAGGCUGGAAGGGCUUUGGAAUUGAAAUGGAGGGAAGUUUUACUGGAGAAAUGUGGGUUUCUCAGUAUUCCUCCAUUAAUUGGUGGAGUUUGGGGAUGGAAAAGAUGUCCUUUUUGUUUGGGGGGUGGGGAUAUAACGUCUCUCUUUUUCCUGCACUAAUUAAUCAAAUGGGUAUAGGUGAUGGAAUUAUAAUUUAUGUGAGCUUGCAGUGUUCAAUAUUUUUGGCAUAUUUUAGACAUUUGAUCACGGCAGUUUGAGGGCAGUGGAUCUUGUAAGAUGGACACAUGCAUCCAUGGGUCUUGGCAUAAAGACAGGAUGAUACUUGCGUUACAUUUAUGAAUCUUGGGCCAUUACUAUUGAAACUA